AUGGAAGAUGCUGGGCUGAAGAAAGCACGAAUGAUCGCUGCUCACGAGACGGGCCCUGGACCUGGAUGCUACAGCCUGCCUCCAACGGUUGGAUUUGCCCACCAUGACUACACCCGCUUCACCAGUCCAGCUUACUCCUUCCACCAGAGGCUCAACAAUAGUUUAUAUUCAAAAGACGCCAGUCCAGGGCCCUGCUAUUACGUGGAACCAGAACUCACGCGCUUUGGCAGGUCCAGAGGGGCAUCCUAUUCCAUGCUGGCACGAGCAAAACCUCCAGGUCUGCCUCGCACCCCCGGGCCAGGCACGUACAGUCCGGAGAGGGCCCCUCCGCCCUCCCAGCGGAGGCCUCCGUCCUUCUCCAUGGGGGCGCGCACCAAGCCCCGCCGGGUGGAUGCCACCCCCGCGCCCAACAGCUACAGCCUCCCCUCGCUGCUGGGGCCAAGGGUGCCCAGCCAGGCUUCCAGCCCCAGCUUCAGCAUCUCCAGCUGGACCGUGCGGGGCAGCCAUGCCGAAGAUCUCUCUCGCACCCCGGGCCCCGGGCACUACGCCAGCACGGACCUCGGGGUCUACUUGAGCCGCCCGCCAGCCUUCUCCAUGCUGGGGAGACUGAAAGAGCCCACCAGGAGCUUCCUCACGCCGGGGCCGGGGGCACACAGCCCAGAGAAGGUGACUGCCCAUCGGCCGCGAGCCCCCUCGUACUCCCUCGGGGUCCGCCACUCGGAGUACCUCAUGCCUCUCGUCCUGGACGGCCCCAAGUGGUAG